CUGUAAAUGAUAUGGCAUCCAAUCCUGGUUAUUACACAGAGUUGGUGGAAAAGUCCUUAGGAACAUGCACUUUAGCUACAGAUGAGAUUGAACGAGAUUUGCGUCGUUCCUUACCUGAGCAUCCUGCUUUUCAAAGUGACACAGGAAUUUCUGCACUAAGGAGAGUCCUUACUGCUUAUGCAUACAGGAAUCCCCAAAUUGGAUAUUGUCAGGCAAUGAAUAUUUUGACAUCAGUACUUCUGCUGUAUGCUAAGGAGGAGGAAGCCUUCUGGCUGUUGGUUGCUGUCUGUGAAAGAAUGCUGCCUGAUUAUUUCAAUCGCCGAAUUAUUGGUAAUAUCUUUCUGUCUUUUUAUCUACCUAGAAUUGAAUAUAAAUGAUCAUU